GAGCAUAUAGUGCAAAUCAUUAUGGACAACAGCUUCAGCUACACAGGUAUCUCAAACCAUAUCUUGCAAAACUAUGGAAGCAUUUUCGUGUCCCCUUGUGCAUCUCAGUGUUUGAACAUGAUAUUAGAAGAAUUCUCCAAGGUAGAUUGGGUCAACCAAUGUAUAUUGCAAGCGCAGGUCAUAUCUAAGUUUGUGUACAACAAUAGCUCCGUGCUAGAUUUGAUGAGAAAGUUAACAUGUGGGCAAGAUAUUAUCAGAAGCGGUGUCACAAGGUCUGUUUCCAAUUUUCUAUCGUUGCAGUCAAUGAUGAAACACAAAGCAAGGUUAAAGCACUUGUUCAAUAGCCCAGAGUAUACCCCCACUAAUACUAAUAAACCACAGAGCAUGUCAUGCGUGAAUAUCCUAGAGGAUGAUGAUUUUUGGAGAGCUGUGGAAGAAAGUGUGGCUAUUUCCGAGCCUAUCCUGAAAGUGUUGAGGGAAGUUUCUAGUGGAAAGCCCGCUGUAGGAUCUAUAUAUGAGUUAAUGUCCAAGGCCAAGGAGUCAAUACGGACAUACUACAUAAUGGAUGAGAAUAAGCAUAAGGUCUUUUCUGACAUAGUUGAUUCCAAGUGGUGUGACCAUCUGCAUUCACCUCUUCAUGCA